AUGGAACAAGACUCAAGAACAGAGGAGUCGCGAGAACGAGCCGUCUCCUCUGAGCCCAGCUCUACGCGACCUUAUCCUUUUGUCGGCGACGGCAACGAUUCUGCACGAAAGCGUCGCCGCACCUCCAUGGCUGGAUCGAGAAGCAGAUCCCUAGAGUCACUGCCGUCGCAGCCUCGCACUCGACUGCCGGCCAUGUCUGCCAACGAUUCCAACAUGGCCAUAGAUACCCCAGAGCAGCCUCCCCCAAGCACGCCGCCCCAAUCCGACCUCCCUGCUGAGACACCCCCUGCCGAACCUCACUCUAGUAAGGUUACCAUCAACUUACGGAAUAUUAACAAUGUGGACGAGGGGGAACAAGCUCCUCCAUCGCCGACCCCUGGACACCUUGAUACCGAACAUGUCAAGCUCAGCGUGGAACCGUCCGAAAUGGAGUCUAGGCAUCCAUUGCCCACCGGGGCAGAGGUUCAAUCCGUGCCUUCUUCCCCAUCACCUAGCACAAGCUCAGAAGAUCCGGAAAUCAAUCUGAUACAAGAUGAAGAGGAGAUGGAAGAUGAAGGAGAAGAAGAAGACGACGACGAUGAUGAUGUGGAGCUCAUUCAUGUCCAACCUGUCUCAAACCCGGCAGAUAUCGGCGGCACAUUCAUGACGUUUCCCUAUCAUGAUACAAAGGAAAGUCUAUGUCAAACUGUCCGCCAGAUCACUAUCUUCUUUCAACAACCGCAUCCACUUGAUGAAGUUGUUCAGAAGCUCAGAGACUGGUUCAGGCAGUAUUUGGAUAACACCACUUCUGACGAUCACGUUGCUGAGGGCGCUGCCGUGAUUGUUAAGUCGGCAGACGAUGUUCGCAUGUUCUGGCAACAAAUGCCCGAGCUCUUUUUGAAUGUCUAUUCGCGCAGAAAUGUCCUUUCCAAGAAUGCCACCAUUCGGGACCUUGGCACAACUUUCUUCUUACAACUACCACGGCUUUGUGCUCAUUUGAUCAAGUUGGACCUGCUCCUGCUUGCAGAUUCCACCUCGGGCGCGUUCGAGCUGCUUUCACCAGGCCUACUUCACGCCCUUGCUACCAUCACCUCUCGCCCGAGUGAGAAAUACCAGAUACAGAAUGGGUACCACGUAGAUGCUAUACCUGAUAGAAUUAGGCUUUUGUGCUUGUUCCAGGAUGAAAUAGCCCGGCAGCAUGGCCCUGACUUCAACGAUGCAGCCAUGGCCGGACUAGUCGCACUGGCCAAUAUGGCUGCAAACCACCCAAGCGUCCAGCCGAGAAAAUUGAUGGAGUACUUCAAUCAGAUUUGUGCUCUCGGCGAUUGCAUUGUACGGGAAUCCGAACACCAACGAUAUCCGACAAUGGCCGCAGCAAGCGGUUCGGAGCUGCGAUUGCGGUCCCCGCAAAACACUACCAUGGCCUUGACAUUGUUUAGAACUGUCUCAACUGCUUUGAGCAAUGUGGUUGAUAAUUCUGCUAAUCACUUCGCGGCGGAUCUGGCCAUGACGACCAUGACGUACCUGGCUAAUUUGUCAAUGGCCGGAUUACUGGGAUCCCACAAGGCCGCCACAGAUGCAAUUCUGAAUUACCGAAAGGACAACCCAACAUUGCCAGGCCUCUACACUGUUGACGCCAUUGUGAACAGAUGGCGGUUUCAACAACUCAGCAAGAUGAUCAAGUCUAGUCAAAUGCAGUUGCGCGUUGUAUCCCUAGGCUUCUUGAGCACUCACCUCGUUUCGGAAUGGCAGAGGAGCCAGGAGCCAUAUCGCGAAGGUGCCAUGCCGGACUAUUUGCGGCACCUUUCCAAGCUGCUGAGAGAUACUGGGCUUAUCGAAUAUCUGCUGGGCCCUACAUGUCAUCCCGAAAUUAUUGUGGAAGCAUACAACAUCAUUGGCUUUUUAGCCGUCACCGAGACGUACGAAGCGCGCCACACGGAUUUGUUCUGGCAGACUAUCACCACCGCUCAGGAUCCCAGGAUCUUGGAGGCGCUCGUCAAGAUGAUGACAAGAACCGCGAGCCAUUUCGGACGAGAGCCUCUGGCACAUCUCAUAGGAAAGAUGCAGGGACUCCCUGUCGAGGCCUUCAAUUCACACAUGCGAGAACUUUUGGAGACCAUUAUCAAGACAGCCACACAAAAAUCAACCGAUGCCAUCUCCAGCAUUACCAAAUGGUGUUUGCGGUUGAUCCAAGAGUCCUCGGUUCUCAACUCGCAAGGAAUCUCGGAGCAUAUGGACGUGUUCGACUUUGCUUCCAUGAAGCUAAUGGAACUUGUGCAGCUCAGUCCAGCCUCAGAUCUUCUGCGACAGGAUUUGCGAACAGAGUGUCUUCGCGAUAUCUCAUCGAGGAGCUCUAGCACUGCCGGAAGUCUAAAUGUCCUAUUCCGCCUCAUCCGACCCGGUCUCGAUCGCGAGCUUGCUAAUCUUGUUGCGGAGCACGAGUUCCCGCGGUUGCUUGCAGAAGAUCUGGAAACUACUAUUUCCAUCGCACGUGCGCAUGGCACCAAUUCGGUUUAUGCUACCGUCUUGGGUAAUGCGCGCCGCUACUUGAUUGAGCAAGUUAUUGCGAGACAUGGCAGUGCAAUUGACCGCAUAUACGUGGAACAGUUUUGGCAUCUGCUCGUUGGUGAGAAAGCGUUAUCUCACAAUGACAGGGUGGUGGGCUGGCAGUCUCUGAACGUUGCGCAGGGAUCAAUCACCUCUGAAAACGCUUUUCUGAAGCAGUGUUUGAAAGAGCAUCUUCCGCGUCUAUCUCCUCUUUUGUACUGUCCUGGCACGCUACAAUUUUUGCGCGGGAUCCUGGUCCCAAUCGCAGAAAAUGCGACAGAUACAGCUCUGGAGAAGGAACUCAGUGACAACGCCGGCGCCGUCGGACUUUUGUGGCAAAUGAUUCUUACUGCUUUGCCCCAGACGAUCGAAGCGGACGCAAUUCAUGUCCUCGUAAACGAUAUUUAUGUCAAGGGCAAGGGAAUCAACUCGUUCCCAUUGGAUCGAGCACGCAAAGUACACCUUGCGCUCGUAGAAAGAUGCUUCAACCAGAUGGAAGACGCUGCCAAGGAACUACUCUCAAGCGAUGCAGCAAACGCCAAGGACCAUGAUGACAUGACUGUGUCUAAUGAUGACCAUAGCUUAUACAUUCAGGAGCUCAAAUUUACAAGGUCGCUUCUCGUCCUUCGCGAGUUUGUCGCAGUCCUGCAGAACGGGUCUCAUCAUUUCGCAGCCCCGGACCUUCGACCGCUGAUGCUGCAAUCUCCCAGUAUUGUUGAGGGCGCAUCUGCAGAACUCAAGGUCCAAUCGUUUGAUGGAACUCGACAGACAGACAUGAAGCCCCUUGCAAUUGGCAAACAGAAUACAGCUGCUUCUUUACUUGCCAGCAUACGGGAGGUCACUGGCUUCAGUAACUACCGCAUCUUCUACCGCGGAAAGUUACUGACGCCGACGGAAGAUCAGAUCUGCAAGUCUCUCGAAGACCUCAACAUCCACCACGGUCUUCUCUUGGUGAAGAAAGAGUCCGAUAAUGCGUCCACACCUACCAAUAUCAAACCAGGUGCUUCUCCAUUGGAGAUCGAGAUUUUGGGCCAUUUCCGGGCCUUGUGGAACUAUUUGAGCAUGGAGGAGAAGAUCGCCAAAGAGAUUUACCAUUUUCUGGUCAAGCUUCCGGCAGAUGGGUCGGUUCUAGAGGCUUUGGAGGAUCCAGCUACAUCGCAUUUGGAUGUUUUCCCCCUGGGAGAGCCUUUCAAGUGCUUAUACACAAUCCAUGCCUUGCGUGAAUACCUGAACACGCGGCGUCUAAGGUCUCUGGCGAUUCACGCAAAAGGUACAGAGAAUGACAGCAGUGAGAUACCAGGCCAAAAGGAAAGUCUUUUGAAGACAAUGUCACUGGUUGUUGCCGCGAUUGAGGACCCUCAAGUCAUCAAUGGCUGUCCAAAUGAAUCGCUGCGAUGCGAGUUGAAUUUUCGUCUCCUGGAUACUUUUGUCCAGCUAUUGACUGGCUUGGAUGAUGUGCGCAUGGUUGAACAUUUCCUUACAAGGAAACUUCAUGACCGGCUGGCGGCCCUGCUAUCCGAGGCUUCCGCAGCGCAACAUGCUCAGUAUGCUGUAGAAGCCAUCAAUCGCGCGCUGAAUGCUUUGCUUCAAUGCUGUUCGCUCAGCGAGUCAUUCUGGGGAUUGUUUUGUGAAAGUUCAACAAGCAAAAAACUCAUCCAGGACCUUCUUCUUCGCGAUGUUCGACCAGUCGUACGGAAGGGCACAGAAAAGGUCAUCAGGGCUAAGUGCUCCUUCACUCGGGCAGGCUCUAGCACCUCGGCGCUGGAAUUUACCGAAAUAUUCUGGCCUUUCAUAUUCGAACUGCUGCCUCAGGCCGCGCUUCAGCCAACCCAAUCCGAAGAAGUUUUUUCUCUUCUGUCAUUGCUGGUCGACAUACUGUUCCAGGCUAAAUCUGCGGUGCUAAACAUCGAGGCAUACUUGACACAAUGCAUCCAGCUAAUCUUUGCCCAUUCAAGCACCGAGGUCAUCACAAAUCCAGAUAGAGUGGACAUGGUCGCUUAUGGAAUAUUGAAGUUGUUGCAUUACGGCGUCAAAUGCUUUGACCAGAGUGGGAGCAUAGCAUUCCCUCCCACUUUCGCCCGCAAGCUUCUCACGGUGCAUAUUUUCCCCGGCCUACGCUCGAAAGACACCAAAGCUCCCCGAGUCUUCUUGACACAGGAAAAUCGAAUAUUGCUAUUCGAAAUUCUCUAUCAACUUGUCAAAGAUAGCAGGGAGCAACAGCGUAUCAUGCUUCAAACAUUGGGCAUGUUGGUGGAAUACAACCCAGAAGAGCCUAGUAAUCCUUACUUGUACGAUCUCCCACAAGGAUUUGAUCGGAUGAGGGCUAUCAGGACUCCAGGUGGCCAUGCAGGACUCAGAAACCUGUCUAACACUUGCUACCUGAACUCAUUGUUCACGCAGCUAUUCAUGAACGUACAUUUCAGACGAUUCAUGUUGCAAGUGCCAUGUACAGGCCGCGAUCAUCAUCUUCUGCAAUAUACGCAGACGCUGUUCGCAGAACUUCAAGACAGCAUACGUAGAUCGAUUGAUCCCACAAUGUGUGUUCAGCAAAUCAUGAACUACGACGACACACCCAUCGAUAUUCACACCCAAAUGGACGUUGAUGAGUUCUACAACCUCUUAUUUGACAGAUGGGAGUCGCAGAUGCCAACAGACCGCGCCAAAGCGGACCUACGAUCAAUAUAUGGUGGUCAACUCGUGCAACAAGUCAAAUCCAAGGAAUGCGAACACAUCUCGGAGCGAACCGAACCAUUCUCUGCAAUUCAAUGCGAUGUCAAAGGCAUAUCCAGUCUACAGGAAAGUCUGCAGGCCUAUGUGGAUGGCGAAGUUAUGGAAGGGGACAACAAGUAUAAGUGUGGGAGUUGCGAUCGCCACGUUGAUGCUGUGAAACGAGCUUGCCUCAAAGAAAUUCCUGACCAUUUGAUCUUCCACUUGAAGAGGUUCGGUUUCGAUCUCAGAACUCUGCAGCGCAGCAAGAUUAACGAUCACUUUGAAUUUCCCACCGAGAUCGAUUUGAGCCCUUUCACGGUUGAGCAUCUGAAUGACACUUCCAGCGAAACCACGCCUGAUGUUUUCGAACUUGUCGGUGUUUUGGUUCAUUCGGGAACUGCCGAGUCUGGCCACUAUUAUUCCUACAUUCGCGAGCGACCAACCUCUGAUGGCACACAGCCGUGGUUUGAGUUCAACGACGACAACGUGACUGCCUGGGACCCGGUGAAUCUCGCAAAUUCAUGCUUUGGCGGCAGAGAUAACUCUUCUCGAUUUGACGGCGGACUCGGAUUCGAGAAGGGAUACAGUGCAUACAUGCUCUUCUACCAAAGGGCUUCUACCCUCAUGAAAGACCACGCAGACCUUCAAAACAGUGGUCAAAGCCACCCCGUUCGGAUCGAGCCUCGGAAUCCCAUCGCAGAUCUAAUCAAUGAAGACAACCGGGACAUCAUUCACCGCUAUUGUACCAAUGAUAACUCCACAAUCAAGUUUGCGCAGAUGCUACUCGAUCGUACAUGGGAGCAUACCUGUUCCCGUGACCACAAGACCGAAGAUCUGGCAAUGCAAGUGGCAUUGGGUCACCUGGAUCAGAUUGCAGCUCGCGCUCAGGACACUCCAGAUUUCCUGCCACUUUUCUCACAGAUACGCCAGGCGUGCGAGAAAUGUGUCAGCUGUUGUCUUGCUUUCUUUGAUUUCUUCAAGGUCAGAACAGAGGCACUUCGUAUGCUCCUCGUGAAGAAUGCCUCCCCCAUUGUCCGGCAAUCCACUGGGGAUCUCUUCAUAUACGUUUUGAAGACAAUCAAAGAUGCGUGCUCCGAGGAGUAUAACCCGCCGGACGCAGAUACCGAGGAUGAAGACCUGGCUAUACACGAAGCCCGACCAUGCAUCCUCACAGACGCUGUGAGUAUUUUCAAUACUCUUUGGGAUUCAUUCCACACGAGUCUUCGCGCGUGGCCCGAGUUCUUUGGAACCAUGGCCAGAUUUGCGUCAAUGUCGAAACUGGAGGGGGCUGCUCUUCUCGAAGAAGGCUAUCUUGCCAAACUUUUCUUCAUCAUCAUCGCAGAUGCCACAGAGCAAGAGCUUGCUGCACAGUAUAUGCGGCUAGCUUCGACUUUGGGUCGGAGACCGCGGCCACCCAACUACGAAGCCAUUAUCAGUCUCAUUGACAUUCUCAUGAACCUUUUGGACAGUGAUUUGGCAAAUCAGAUCAUCAUGGAGACUUCAAGCGGCCGCUUGCAAGUGGCUCUGGACGAGCAGCCGCUUCCGUACACGGUCGAGGAGGUUAAUCAACUCCACAGAGAAAAGCCGGACACUCGUACGCGUAACAGCCUCUUGGUCGAUAAACUUGUACUAUUGAACCAGAAUCCCGUGUCUACAGAAUCCAUACUCCGCAAAAUCCUGGAGCUUGGCCACGAGAUGGACGAAAAGGUCUUCAUGACUCUCGUAGAAGGCUUCAACAACAGUUGGCAGCAGCAAGACCCACCAACGACUCCAACGACUCCCCUUUAUCUUCAAGGUAUCCUAUUCUACUUGCGAUGGAGCCAAAGUGAAGACCGUGCCCAAGGGUUGAUCAGGCAUGUCUGCGACCAGUGUCGGACACUGGCCCCUGCUACCGAUGGAAUGGCCUUUUUCAACUUCUUUAGACUGGUCUUUCAAGUACCGAGACGACCGGGAGAGGACACCAAUUUCAGUCCGGUGCAAACCUCCGCCCUGAAUCUCUUGCAGUCUUGGGCACCGACCCUUCUUGGGUUUGCCGAUCUGAAUGUACGUUUGGAAACGGACCUGAUGUUGAAGCAUAUGCUUUGGUCAUGGUUGGACAACUAUAAUGACCACAACAGCGAAGGCGGUAUUUCUGAGGCAGCCCGCGCUCGUGUCAAAUUCUGCAAGAUGCUCACGGUUUCAUGUUUGACCUAUCUGAACAACAGGUAUGUUUCAAGCAGUCUGCAGGCGCCUAGGGGAGCGAUUGCCACUCUGCUAGAGCAUAUUGAUCGGGGCGAGGGCUAUUUUACGCCGACCUAUAAUGGAAUUGCCACUCGAUGCAACGCGGAUUACGAGAGGCUGAAGCCAGUGCGAAUGGAACUUGACCGUCUGGCGGUUGAUGAGAUCGAGGAGGAGGCUUCUGAUUGGGAGAAUUCAGUCGGAUCGUCGGAGCCGAUGGACGUGGCAGAUAUGCAAAUAGCUGCCGAGCCCAACGGCACUGGAGGAUCGACAGGGCACCUGGUACUCUGA